UUGGGGCGGUGACUGUGUUUAUCUAUGUCCUAACAAGCUACGCCUAUUCCGGUAGAAAGUUUCACCCAUAUUAUAUAAGUAUAUAUAAUUUUCUUGUCUACCAAACAUAGUGAAAGCACAUCGAAUGGAAUCAAAUUUGAAGGGAACACGAAACAACAAUUGAGUGGCGCUUACUCAGCGAGCCAACCUUAAUUGGUUGAUACCAGCUAGCAUGGAUCUUAAUGAUCUCAACAAGGUCUGGGAAAUUAAGCCUCUUAAGAUAAUUGGAGAAGAUGAAGCCAGUAAGAUUCUUCAAAAAGUAGCUAAGCAGGUGCAACCCAUUAUGACUAAAAGAAAAUGGAAAGUUAAGGUUCUUUCUGAAUUCUGUCCUGCCAAUCCAUCCCUUUUAGGGCUAAAUAUAGGACCGGGUGCAGAAGUUAAGCUGAGACUACGCAAGCCUAACCGGGAGUGGGAUUUCUUCCCAUAUGAACAAAUUCUUGAUACUAUGUUGCAUGAGCUUUGCCAUAAUCAACAUGGUCCACACAAUGCUGACUUUUAUAACCUUUUGGAUGAAAUCAGGAAGGAAUGUGAAGAAUUGAUGGUCAAAGGGAUCAGUGGCACUGGGAAAGGAUUUGACCUUUCUGGGAGACGUUUGGGUGGAUUCUUCCAGCAACCACCUUUGUCAUCACUUCGCCAGACUGCAAUGGCUGCUGCUGAAAGCAGAGCACAGCAUGGAGUUUUGCUGCCUUCUGGACCUCAGCGUGUAGGUGGUGAUAACAAUAUUAAGUCUGCUCUGAGUCCGAUACAAGCUGCUGCCAUGGCUGCUGAAAGGAGACUACAUGAUGACAUGUGGUGCGGGUCAAAGUCUGCAGGGGGAGACACUUACAUUCAGGAGGGCAGAAGUUCAUGCGGACCUUCUGUUAGAUCUAUUCAGACUCCAGGUAUUCAAUUUGCAGUGGCCAAGGAAACAACCGGGGAAGCAAAAUGGCAGUGCAAUACUUGCACUCUGUUAAAUAAGAAUAAAAGAGAUCUUUCAAAUGUCACUUUAUACCUUGACACUUGUUGCAUUUGCUGAUAUGGGUAAAUUUUGCAAGCUAUCUUGAUAAGUGAGGAGGUAUAGGCAGGCUGUAGUUUUUGUAGGAUAAACUUUGUUUAAAGGAACCAGGAUCUUUCUAUCAUAGUGGUACUGUAAGUUGUUAGAUCAUAGAUGUACCCAUAUGUUUUGUUAGCAAGUAGAUGAUUUAAAUUUUAAAAGGGUUACAGAACCUCAUGGUCAGGGAAAUGAUGUGGUGUCAUUUUGUUCAGUAAUUAGUAAUUAACAAAUGAAUGUAGCCAACUAUUGUUAUUGUAGUGUUCAAGACUA